AUGAGCGAUACAUCUGUUACUUCAGAGUUCAGCUCAAGACUCAGAACUACAUGCUUCACUAGACAACUCAUUGAUAGAAUAACUACUCAUUAUAAGAAGGCUUCUGACUUACAAGAUGAGACUGAGGUCAGUUUUCACCAGAGUAUGAAAUUUGAUGAUGAGACAAUGAAGAAACUUCAGAACAAAGAAAAGCAGAGUUAA